AUGAAGGAAGAUACCUCCAGCAUCCACACAGGCUUCCGGCUUUACGCCGUGUCUGUAGUGUUAGCGCUUUCGGUUCUGAUGGUUGGGCUGGAUGCUAGCAUUGUUGCCACAGCGAAUCCAAAGAUCACGGACGAUUUCAACUCCCUUGUGGACGUCGGCUGGUACGGGUCUGCAUUCCAGUUGACAGUCUGCGCCACUCAGCUGACAUGGGGCAAGGUGUACCUGCUCUUCCCCGUAAAGCGGGUGUUCAUGGGCAGCCUUAUUCUUUUUGAAGUGGGUAGUCUAAUAUCGGCCGCCGCACCGACCUCGAACGCUUUCAUUACCGGCCGCGCCGUGUCGGGCGUGGGUUCCGCUGGGAUGACAGGCGGCUCUCUCCUGAUUAUUACCCAGUGCGUGCCUUUGCGGAGUCGCCCCACGUUCAUUGCCAUUCUUGGGGCCAUGGAAGCGCUUGGCUACAUCAUGGGGCCGAUGCUUGGGGGUGCAAUCACAGACAAGGCCAGCUGGAGAUGGUGCUUCUGGAUUAACCUGCCCGUCGGCGCCGUCACCGCUGUCGUUAUGGAGAUUCUGCUCAAGCCACCCCAAAACGAAUCAGCCUCGGCCUUCUCGUUGACCGUCAGGGAAAAACUGAGGCGCUUUGACUGGUUCGGGGCCUUGAUUGUUGGCCCGGCCAUUCUCUCCCUGAUUCUUGGUUUGCAGUGGGGUGGUUCUAAAUAUCCAUGGAGCGAUGCCCGCAUCAUCGUGGCCCUCGUUGUCGGUAUAACUCUUCUCAUCAUCUUCUUUGUUAUCCAGACUCUCCUCUCGCCAGAAAAAGCAACUAUCUCAGUCAGAGUACUGAAGUCGCGGAGCGUUGUUUUCGGGGCUCUGUUCUCCUUUUCCCUCUCCUCGGCACUCGCCAUCUGGACUUACUACCUGCCCCUCUGGUUCCAGGGCGUCAAGGGUGCAUCCGCGCUCGCCGCCGGCGUCAUGCUCCUGCCGGCUAUUUUGGGCUUGGUGACGGGAGUCAUCAUUGGAAGCUUGCUCGUCACGUGGACCGGGUAUUACACUCCCUUGGCGAUCGUUUGCGGCAUCUUGACAACCGUGGCUGCGGGAUUGCUUACUACACUAGAGGUGGACACCCCCCAGCCUGUCUGGAUUGGCUACCUAAUCUUCAUCGGAAUUGCGUCUGGUAUGGGGUUUCAGCAACCCCAGAUCGCGGUGCAGACGGUCCUCGAGGACCAGGAUGUGCCGGCCGGGAUUUCACUUAUAUUCUUCUCGCAGAGUAUUGGAAGCGCCAUCUUCAUCUCGCUGGGGAACAGCAUUUUCCUGAACCGCUUGAUCGCCCAUCUCAAGGACACGGCUCCUGCUGUGAGUUCCGAAACAUUGCUGUCCCAUGGCGCCACGACCCUGAAGACAGCUGUUCCAGCCGAGCUGCUGCAAGCUGUUCUGGCCGCCUACAACGACGCAAUUGACCACGUCUUCUACGCAGCGCUGGCCAUGUCCGGACUGGCAGCCUUUCUUGCCUGGGGAAUGGAAUUCAAGUCGAUCAAGGAGGGCAAGAAUGCUAAGAAACAGUCUAGGAGGUCCUUCACGUUAUCUUACAUCCAGCCACUGCCGCUCGACGAGUUACUGCUGUUCGAGGAAUCUGGACGUGGAGCUAGGGCUACUACUCGCUAG